UGCAUCUUGUAUUGUGCCUGUGAAGGUUCCAGCGAGCAGGUUAGCAUCCGGCAUCCGUUUCACCGCGAGCAAGCAAAGGUUACGAGGAGCAUUGGAAAUCCCGCUUUCAUUAGAAAGAGAUCCUUUCAUUGUCGUCUCUGAGAAGAGCAGCGAUGUCUGUCGGUUUUCUCAUCGGCGGACUCGGCGGUUUACUGCUUGCCCAUGCUGCUUAUGCUACUGUGCAGUAUAGAGGAAUGUUGAAGAUCGUGGAAGAAGAGUUCUCAGGCCCUCCUAUCAAUGUCGUUUUGGAGUUGAUUCUAGGGUUAGCUUUCUGCAUGUGGGCUGCGCUUACCGUGCCUGGGAAAUUCCUUUCAAUACUGCCGGAUUCUGAAGAGAACAGGAUGAUCCAAGGCAAUUGCACUGCGUUAUUGUGGGCUGCAUCUCACACUCUUCCCGCUUUGUCAUUUGGCAUUCUGGUAAAGGAGGGAAAGCUAAGAGCUAAUGUCUAGGAUCGGUCCUUUCUCUGGCUGCUUUUCAAGCUCUUUUCCAAUGUUUCUUGGCAUCCUUGUGCGGAUCAUAGCCAACAACUCGGAUUUGCUGUUAAAGAAUUUGAAUGUGGGUUUUUGCUCUUGGAAUGAAACUUGCUUGGUUAAGAAAAAUCAGUUUACUAAAACUCAGUACCCAACUUGACUCAUCCAGCUGGGUCAGGUGAACUCAAAAGACUUGGUCAAGUCUUGUUGCCACUCAACCUGUUGUCUAAUAAUGAAACUUUAAGAAUUAGAAAUUUAGAACUGGUAAGAAAUAGAGAAAAUGCAUGUAGAUGCCACACGCAUAGAAAGACUAGGAAACUCCAGCUUUUGGUGUGGGCCUGCAAGCCAAUUUCUCGAAUAGGUAAAAACUCAGAAACAGAAAAAAUGGGAUUAGGCUAUAAUUCCUCUCUUAAACCUGAAUGUUUCCAUGUGCAGCUUCGCCAUCCACUUUUGGAUAUUAGUGAAACAAACAUGCUAGAAACCUGAGUGGAAUAUUGAUUUCAGUUCUCUAACGUUGUUAUUGUAGGAGUAAAUUUGCAAUAAGAUGGAUCUAAAGUUUGAUUCUCUGAUAAUAAAAUACUUGCACCAACAUGCUGACUGAAUCAUACCUACUCCUUCAAGCUUACAAUCAAACAACUGACAAGUUUCUAAGGAGCCACUGUUCACUGCCACAUGCAUUCAGUCAAAGGUUCCAAUCAAUUUCCACCGCGAUUGGAGCUGAUGAUGAACUGGAGACCGAUCCAACACAUAGACUGCUGCUAAGAAGCAGGGCUUUUUUGUAUUGAAAGUAAAGUGGAAAAAGAAUUUAGAGGCUUAAUUUAUGUGUUAAUCAGAAAAUGACAAACAUGAUAUUGAUUAUUAAACAUAUUUCCCAAGAAACCUAUUUUUAGAAAGCAACAGUUUGAUUUAGUCAUGGUGGAAACUGGAAUCAAUUAAGUCACCAAGUUAACUUGAUGACUCUUGGCAAGACCAUGCUGAUUCAGAGUCGAGUUUCAGGUCAACUUGACAAGUUUUAGAACUACGAGAAAAUUAAUCUGAAAGAUAGCAAUCAUUGGCUAAUCUUCUCGUCUAGCCAGUUUCACUUUUUGAUACCUGUUGUUUGUCUCUUUUCAUAGGUUGGGAAGUGAAAAUGAACUUCCUGUAGAGGACUCAUUAGGAGAAAAGUUUACUCCUAGUCAUGCUAUUGGGGAGAUGGUGUUUAGGGGUUAGGACUAUCCUUCUGGACAUUAAUAAUCAUCACCUGGUGUUUGAAUUGGGAGUUUGACAGAUCAGGAGGUUGGUUCCCUUAGGUACAGACCACGGUAUUUUGAAGCAGGAAUCAUUAGGAAGUGGGGAGUUGACUUGAAUCAAUAGGAAUCAUAUUCAUGUUAUUGGGGAGAUGGUGGUUAGGACUAUAUUCCUUGUGGACAUUAAUAAUUGUCACCUGGUGUUUGGAUUGGAAGUUUGGAAGAUCAGGUGGUUGGGUCCCUAAGGUAAAAACGUGGGAUUUGAAGUGUAAAUGGUCUUGAAAAUUCUUGCUUUAUUUGUUGUCUGUGCUCCAGGUGUUUUGUUUUUUUAGGUAACGGGUGUUGAUAAAGUUAUUAUCAUUGAUCAUUUUCAACAGUGUGGCCAAACCCAAACAGGUUUGUGAUGUUCAGGGACAAGAAUAAAUCAAUCAUUUAUUCUUUCAUUGCUGAAUCGCUUGGUUGAUUUGGAGUUAAUUAUUGCUGACUAGGUCAUGCUGCCCUUGAUGAGGGCCCUUCCAGAGGCUUGGUGGUUGGUCCACUUCCAAAAGGGUCACACUUAAGCUAUUUUUCUAUUUGAUUGCCAUUCUUUGUCCAGAGCAACAGAAUUAUUAGGAGUAAGAAGGUAGGAGAUAAUCAUGGCUUGCAUUAUUUCCUCCUCUUUGGUUACAAAGGAGUUCCAAGGCAUAAAUGGUGAUAUGCUAUUUACAAAGUUGGUGAGGAAUUGUUUCUAGUAGGGAUAAAAGAAUGGGGUGGUAGGGACCUGGAAGCUCCUGUCUGGGAUCUCUCAAGCAUAAUUUUGAAGGUAGCCCCACAUGCAACCCAGGCCCAACAGAUGGGGAUUGUAUUGUUCGGGAUUGUAUGGGAGAAAUUUAGUUGACAUCUUUGGGGCCUUUUAGCCUUUAUGGGCCCAAAAAGAGUGGAGUUUUAUGUCCUUCAAGACUUUGAAAGGGUGGCAUUUAAGAUUUUCCCAUGAGUAUCUGACACAUUUAUUGUGGAGGGAGAUUCUUGUAGUCAUUUGGUGGAUUGCUUGUGAUAAGAAAUAUCGUUUGAGAGGUGUUUGGCCCCAGUUGAGGAAGUUAGGGAUGUGAUUCAUUCAUUGGAGGUCUAUUCAACAUGUUCUUCAUGAAGUGAAUGCAGAGCCGAUUUGCUAGCUAGAAAAGUGUUCAGUAUUCUUCGUUGUCGACAGCAUCAGUUCUUCAUCGAACGAGCCCUUGGUGCCUUUUGUUCUUUUUAUUAUGGACUCAUUUCUCUGUUAUUAGAGCCCCUAAUUCAUUUAUUUAUUUUUUAAAAA